UGUUUAUUAAAGAAAGUGUAUGGGUGUUUAUUAAAGAAAAUGUACGGGUGUUCCCUCUGGGGCCAAUUUUGAAAAGGAAAGGAAAUAAAUAAACCGUUGGGAAACAACCUUCUUCUCCAGUGAACAAGAUGGCACCAAGAGGACAUAAAGAAUCUGCCUCAGAGUCGGAGGCCAAGCCUGUGAGUAACUCGCGAAGCUCCAAUAAGGCCAGGAACGCCGUUGCCCAAGCAGCUCAACAAGAAUUCUUAAGUAGACAUAUCAAUUCGAACGGACCCCAUGAUAAACCAAAAGUUAAACCAUUAGAUUUCAUGGCUUUUAAUGAAGCCACCCUUGACAAAUACUCCAAACAGUAUAACUUGGAUAUGCCGGAUACCCAAACCCUCAAUGAAAAUAUAUUAUCAUCAGAAAUUGGUAAGAAAACUUCAAGCUAUAAGAAAAGUCAAAUUAAUAAAAUCAGUAAAAUUGAAAAAGCAAAUAGCUUGAAAAAACACUUCAUGGCAUUACCUUCACGAGAAAACGAAAUCAUUACAAAUUUCCUUUAUAAAGUCAGAAAUCAAGAUAAAGAUUUUAAAUUAUCAUUUUGAAGUAUAAUGGUGGGUGCUAGUGGAAGAAACUGGUGCACGGGUUUCUAGUAUCCUAGCUGACAGUUCGUAAUUAACCCAAAGAUAGGGAUACUGAAACUUUAAUUUAAGUCGGUAGACAUUAAAUGCCAGUUGAUUAAAACUUGCUGAAGGAAGUAUUAUCCUCAUGGAAUAUCAAGUUUCAAACCCGUUUACAAAAAUCUGUUUGCUUUAUUGCAAUCUGUUAAUCUUCGAAUAUCAAAUUCUCUGUACUCUAUUGUUCAAAUAAGUUAUUAAACGGUAGAUCAUAAUUGCU